AAUAUAUUUAUAGGUUUAUUUGUUGUGUGUUAGUAAUAAUCUGUCAUUUAUUUAUUCUUAUAUUACAAAGUGUGACAUUUGCUUUAAAUGCGUUCUGUGCCUAAAUAAAUAAUUGGUUGGAUAUUAAUGUCUUUUUUCCAUCAAAAAAACGUCCUCUCGUCUACAGUCCCCUGAAGGAGGAUGCAGUAGAAUGACGUUCUGUUCAUGUAAUAUCGUCCUCUCAUCUGUGGCCUCUGCAUCCUGAUGUGGCACCCAUCAAUUGCGCCUAUGACAUCACUGAGGCCACAGAGGCGAUGUGUGAUGUGCGAUGUGAGAAGAUGAAGGUUGGUCCCAUAGUACAGAUGAUGUCGAGCACUUCCAGGACGAUCCUGUGUGCUGAUGACUGUGAAACAUCAAACCUGUCUGGCAUCUCCUUGAAGCUGUACUGGUUGGCCAUGUACCACAGGAACAGCAGCACUUUCUGUGUCACGGGUGCUGGUGGUAGACCUGGACUAUGUUCCUUUGUUAAGCCGCUCUCCUGCAGCUUCACCAGGAGAUAUUCAAAAUGCGGCUUGGUGACUCUGAAAUGGCGUGAAAAAGCGCAGUCCUCCAUGUUCUGCAUGGCCUCCCACUCUGUUCCAGUCCUCAGGAUGAGCUCAGCAUUGUGGAUAUCAGUAUCCUAAAGAAAGAGAAAACUGUAUUUAAGUCAAUAAUACUGUAUUAUUUCUAAUUCAUUUGAGCAGCUCCGGAGAAAUUUAUUCUAGGAAAAGCUGCUGUGAAUUAGUAAAAAAUGUCUGUGGAGAACGAGGAGGAACUUUGUGGACAACGCAAACUCCUGGACGCUGUUUUCAAGCCUGAAGCAGACGUCCAGCUGCUGGUGAGUAAAGAAGAGGUUCCCCCUGAACAGCAGGAGUUGAGGCCCACCAUGGACCAGGAGGACCCACCAGAGCCCACACACAUUAAAGACGAACAGGAGGAACUCUGGACCAGUCAGGAGGGAGAGCAGAUUCGAGGGCUGGAGGAGGCUGAAAUCAUCAAGUCCCCUUUCACUCCUGUGCCUAUGAAGAGUGAAGAAGAUGAUGAAGAAAAACCUCAGUCCUCACAGCUUCAUCAAAGACUAACUGACCAGAUGGAAACAAAAACUAAUGGAGAUGACUGUGGAGGACCAGAACCAGCCAGGAACUCAGAUCCAGAUGGACAUUUUCAACCUGAGGUUGAUGACAAGAUGUCCCACUCUGAACCUAAGACUGAUGACAGUUGUGAUUGGGAGGAGACCAGGGAGCCUCAGUCAGGUUCAAACCCUCUGCAAAGCAAUGAAGUACCUCUGCAGGAACACAAUGGACUUCAAACACCAGAGCUCCCACACAUAAAAGAGAACUGGAGCCCCAGCAUGGACCAAGAGGACCCACCAGAGCCUCUACACAUUAAAAGAAAGUGGAGCUCUAGCAUGGACCAAGAAGAUGACCUACCAGAGCCCACACACAUUAAAAGAAAGUGGAGCCCCAGCAUGGACCAGGAGGACCCACCAGAGCCCCCACACAUUAAAGAGGAACAGGAUGAACUCUGGACCAGUCAGGAGGGAGACCAGAUUCGAGGGCUGGAGGAGGCUGAAAUCAUCAAGUCCCCUUUCACUCCUGUGCCUAUGAAGAGUGAAGAUGAUGAUGAAGAAAAACCUCAGUCCUCACAGCUUCAUCAAAGACUAACUGACCAGAUGGAAACAGAAACUGAUGGAGAGGACUGUGGAGGACCAGAACCAACCAGGAACUCUGAUCCAGAUGGACAUUUUCAACCUGAGGUUGAUGACAAGAUGUCCCACUCUGAACCUAAGACUGAUGACAGUUGUGAUUGGGAGGAGACCAGGGAACCUCAGUCAGGUUCAAACCCUCUGCAAAACAAUGAGGUACCUGGACGUGAUCAGGAAUGUAGUACUGGAACAACAUCAAGUAGCUCCUCUGAAUGUGCAACAAGCUCUGGCCACAAUGGACUCCAAACAGGAGUGAAACCGUUGAGUUGCUCAGUUUGUGGUAAAACCUACCUCCGGAAGAACAAUUUAACCUGUCAUAUGAGAUGUCAUUCAGUAAAAAUCAUUUACAGCUGCUCAGUUUGUGAAAGAAAUUUUAUUUCUGAAAGCGUUUUGUCCAGACACAAGAGAAGCCACACAGCGGAAAAGCCAUUUUGUUGCCCAGAUUGUGGUAAAAGGUACAGCUUGGAGAAGGUUUUUAUGACUCAUAUGAGACUUCAUUCAGGAGAAAAGCGUUUUAGCUGCUCAGUUUGUAAAGAAACUUUUCCAUGCAGAGGAGAUCUUGGGAAGCACAUGGAAGACCACAAAAACAGGAACAAAGGAUACGGCUGCAGUGUUUGUGGCAAAAGAUUCUCUAGGUGGUCCCAGCUCAAUAGCCAUCAGUGUGUUGUUUUGGAGGAGACAAGGAAACCUCAGUCAGGUUCAAAGCCUUCACAAAACAAUGAAGUACCUGUAAGUGAUCAGGAAUGUAGUACUGUAAAAACACCAAGUAGCUCCUCUGAAUGUGCUACAAGCUCUGGCCACAAACCCAAUGAAGUACCUGUAAGUGAUCAGGAAUGUAGUACUGUAAAAACACCAAGUAGCUCCUCUGAAUGUGCAACAAGCUCUGGCCACAAACCCCAAACAGAAGAGAAACCAUUUCGUUGCUCAGUAUGUGGUAAAACAUAUGUUCUGGAGAACACCUUAAAGAAACAUAUGAGACUUCAUUCAGAAACACAGUUUUACAGAUGCUCAAUUUGUAAUCAGACUUUCAUUACCGAAAGCAGUGUGUCCAUACACGAGAGAAGCCACACUGUGGAAAACCCCUUUAGUUGUUCUGUCUGUGGCAAAGGAUUCACACUAAAGCAAGAACUGAGGCGACACAUGAAAGCAGGGCUGCACUUAACAGUUGUUUCUUAAUCCGUAAAUCUAAACAUUAUUUCUUUCUUAGUUCAUUAAAGGUGGAGUAAGUUAUUGUAAUACAAUACAUGUCUUUUUGACAGAUUUAGUUAAUAUCUCCUCAUGAUCCGUUAGCUGUCCGUUCUGUGUGUGAACGAUGAAAACAGAUCCGGUGUACUCAGCCAUUUAUGGUCUGAUGUGCCGGCUCUUGAAAUCUCGUCCUCUCAGCAUGUUGGCUUUAAGUUCGCUUUUGCAGCUGCAACUGUAAUGACAGUAUGCUAAGAUACAAGUUAGCUAACGUUGUCUAUGAAGAUUCUCAGUCAUCCAGGUCAU